AUGGAUGAAACAGCCGACAUAUCGAGGCAAGAACAAGUAUCUAUAAGUCUUAGAAUAACAACUACUGAUUUAGAAACCGAAGAAAUUUUUAUGGGAUUUUAUCACACACCAAACACAAAAUCUGAGACAUUAUUUAACAUUCUCAAAGACGUUUUUACAAGAUUUCACUUACCUAUAAGCAAUUUGAGGGGACAGUGCUACGACGGAGCAGCUGCUAUGAGUGGAAAAUCAUCGAGACUACAAACACGAGACUUGAUUACGUACAUCCGGGAUUCACCGAAAAGAGUCGAAGCAUUCAAACAAAUACAACAAGAACUUCAGUCGUCAGAUGUUGAAAAAGAGAAAACAUUACCUAGCCUUUCAUCUUUCUACCCAACCAAGUGGUGUAUGCGAGUAAAAUCACUGAAAACAAUUUUUGCAAAUUAUGAAGCUAUCGUGAUGUUUUUGGAUGAAUGUAAAACUGAAAAGACAUGUGACAGUGGCAAAGCAGAAGGGCUUUUAAAAUUCUUGGAAGAGUUCGAGUUUUAUUUUUUAUUGGCAUUAUCGAUUAAGAUUCUUGAAAGAGUGGAAAUUUUAAACUGCGAACUUCGAAAAAAAGAUCUGAGCAUCAACGAAUCCCAUGACAUAGUAAAGAUAAUGAAGGAUGGAAUUAGUACAAUGAGAGAUUCUGGUUUUGACUCGCUAUGGGAAGUUGCAGUCAAGAAAGCGAAAAAGUUAGAUUUGAAUGAUCCGAAGCUACCACGUCAUCGAAGAGCUCUCAAGAGGUUAAAGACAGCCAAUGCACACGUGUUUAAGGAUCCAGAAUCUUAUUACAAAAAAAUAUACCUGGAAACAGUCGACCAACUGCUGUUUUCAUUAAACGAGAGAUUUCAAUCCGAAACGAUGGAUUUUUUAAACAACUGUGAAAAUUUUAUCAUUGGGAAUGUUGCCGACUUGGCAAGCAUUGUCGAAUUUUAUGAUGAUGAUUUGGACAUCGAUCGAUUAGAACUUCAUCGCGAUAUGUUUAUCGACAUGAUAAAGGCCAAAGACUUGAAAGUUACUAAUCUUAAAGAUGCGGUAAAUGUUCUUAAAAAUGACAUAGCUAUGGUAGACUGUGUAUCAGAAUUAGUAUCAUUAGCGAAAUUGGUAUUAACGAUACCUUCAUCGACGUGUACAGCUGAAAGGUCGUUUUCGGCAUUGCGUAGAUUAAAAACUUACUUAAAUUCCACGAUGUUACAACAAAGAAUGAAUAGUAUAGCUAUAUUACAUGUACAUAGGGAAAUCGCGGAAAAAAUCGAUAUCGAUAAACUUUUAAACGAUUUUAUAUCGAAAAAUAAGAAUCGUCGUUCUACUUUUUCAAUGUUAAAUGAAUAA